UGGCUAUCACGUAUGUUUCAUACUACAUACAAGAUAUAUAUUUUACAUACACACAUUAUACUUAUAGACAUACGUGUACCAAUUCAUAGAUGUGUACACAUGGUUGUCUGCGUACCACGUCAAUUAAUCAUAAUAAACAAAGCCUCAAUGAAUUUUUCAACGACAAGAUAAUAUUAAGUUGAUAUGUCUGAAUCCGGUAGUCAUGUAAGGCUUCUCUAUAAUCGGUCGUUAUCGAAUCGAACAGAUUACGGCGCCACUGAGACGUUGACAGGUGAUAUAUACGACGGUACAAAUGCUUUAGAAGCGCACGAGGUGGAUAAUGUUACAGACGCCGUGGGGUACAGUGUGCCCUCGUACGAAGGCUUGGAAGACCACAAUUACGUGGUGCGCACUCUUUACUACUGGAUAUACCGUAUGCACGAUGUGUUGUUGAAGUUGACCACGCCGCAAGAGUAUAAGCUUCGCCACGUUCCCGUGCCUAUAUUGGUCCAGAAGCGGUGGAAGAGUUUACCGCUUACGGCGCUGCCACCCAUCAUACACCAGUUCACUAUUGGAUUGUAUCUGGUGUUUGGGUUUGCGUUGUUGACCACACUUGUCUACUAUGAUACGUACGCGGCAGACACCGACUAUGGUAAGCCAUACCGCUUAGACUGUGGAGACACACUCGGUGCACUGAACAAAUCUGUGCACCACUUGGAUGGCUGGAUACCUGUCCGAUGUCCGGCAUACUGCCAAUAUCGGGGAGCUGGUGAGGCACAUUUCCUGAACGAAACGGUGUUAAACCAACAAUCAGUAAAUGGUGGCAGCACUGUUGAACACGAUGGAGCGUAUCCACGAUUUGCUGCACGUGAUGCGGAAAGCUCUGAUAUUUACUUGUUUACAAGGACCUCACCCGUGUGCAAGGCAGCUGUGGCAACUACUACGCUUUUCAGUCCUUGGGUAGGAGGAUGUCUUAUAGCUCGGGUACAUCCGGUAAAGUCUCCGAGUGGAGAUGAUUCAAGUUUGACUGAAGAGACUACAAACAGUAACAUCCCUACCAAUGACGGUCCUUCGUUACAAAUCGUGCCUGACGCCAAUCAACAUUUGGCACGGAUGGAGAGUAGGAGUGCGAAUACGUUGGAUUCAAGUAUAGGCACCAACGAAUUAACAAAGCCACAACAAAACAGCUUAGACCUUCCACGAAGGAUCCCACUACAGCUUCAAGCGUGCAUGCACAGUCACUGCCAAACGUUUGGGCACUCACUGCUAAUAAUCGUGGUGCUGUAUACGUGUGGUCUCCUCCUGCUCUCACCGUCGAGGCAGACGUUCUUUACUGCACUCAUGAUGAUCGGUUACUGGUAUGUCGUUUUCGUCGUGUAUCCUACAUACACCGCGAAUGGCGUCGACAGAGUUGAUUACGCGCUGGGUACGUUCUUCUCCUUUACUGUAUUCAUCUAUGCGAUCUUCGAUUUUUCGGUCAACAUCACACUGUACGACACCGCCUGUGGGCGCUAUGUAUUCGAUACGAUGCUCCUGUUCAUGCUGCCCUACUUCGUGAUGCUACAUAUGAGCUAUAUCAAGCCUUUCCUAGAUUAUAGUUUCACCCCUGGUGGGUUUUCGGGUUUAUCAGACUGGCAAGUGGCUAUUGCCGUCAUCAUCACACUGGCCGUGAUCGUGCUCGGGGCUAUACAGUUGGCAGAAGUAUACCGCCACGGUUUGCUCCCGUACUACUUCAUCGGAUACGUUGCUGUCAUAUCCCUGCUGUGCAUAAUUACUUGGUUGGUAGACAUGUCAAACCAUCUCAUGUUCCACCUGCACCACUACCAACUGGCGCUACUGCUGCUGCCCAUGACCCGGUUUUCUGGUCGCUUUAGCGUGUUUUUGAGUGGACUUUUGUUGGGAAUGUUCGUGAACGGUGUGGCGUGCUACGGGUUCGAUUCCACUUGGGGCUUCAAGCCAGAUACAUAAGUCAAGUCACGAGAAGUCAAGCGAGAAAGGCUUUUGUAACCACUGCACAGAGGCCGAUCGCAUGGAACAAUUCAACGCCACCGGCCUCGAAUGCGAAUAUCAUGACGUGUUGAGCGCAGCAUAUCAACCAUCUCACCGAGGUCUAAGAGGAUCAAACACGAACUUCCGUUACAUAUCAUCUUAUCGAAUUUGCAGGUGUCAAAUAGGGUUAGAUAUAGCUUCUCAUACACUAAUCUCAGUAGGUACAUGAACGUGCCUUGAGUACCAUACACUAUAGACGAUGACGAGCUAGUGCUGACGACCCAAUACCUUAAAGCAAGUACCCGCCCUGGUGACUCGCCAUGUGCGCGUGUAUAUCAAUUGUGGCCUAUUAUCAACUAUAUCCAGUCCGAACCAGUGUAGAAAGCGGAUUGCAGGUUGGAGCAGGUAGCAGACGAAAAAGUCAGAAUGCAAAAGUAAUUAAGACUGCACACAUUAACUACUUGAAUGCCCUACGAAGGUAUAUAGUAAGACUAUGCAAUUCUUGGAUAAAUCGAGAGUCGAAUGAAAAUGCUGUUGCACA